AUGGCGGCUCCUACUCAGAUUGCUUUUCGCACCCUUAAGGGGAUUGGUCUUUUGGAUGCUGCGCCUUUAUAUCAACCUGUGAAGGACUUUGAGAGACCCGAAGGAAACCUUCGUUGCAGCGCCUAUUCGCCGUGCGGACGCUACUUCGCUUGGGCAUCUCCCGAACGCGUCACGAUCAUUGACCCCUCCGUCGGCCACGUCAUCACUACCCUCCCCGCCGACAAUGUCUUCGAACUAGGCUUCUCCCCCCUCGGCACAUAUGUGAUUACAUGGCAACGACCGUCGAAAGACGAGAAUGGCGACGCAGUCAAGAACCUCAAAGUAUGGAGCGUCGAAGCUCUAACCAAGGAAUCCGAAGGAGCAGGUGAAAACGCAGUGGUAGGCCGUUUUGUGCAGAAAUCGCAAACCGGUUGGAAUUUGCAAUAUACCUCUGAUGAGUGUUAUUGCGCUCGGGUUGUGACGAAUGAAGUUCAGUUUUAUAAGAGCCAUGAUCUCUCGAAUGUGUGGAAUAAACUCCGUGUGGAAGGGGUCGCUGAUUUUGCGUUGUCGCCUGGAAAGAGUCAGGCGAUUGCUGUGUUUACGCCAGAGCGGAAGGGACAACCCGCUUCCGUCAAAGUCUUCGUGGUCCCCCAAUUCAACAAUCCGGUCUCGCAAAAAACGUUCUUCAAGGGCGACAAGGUCCAGCUCAAAUGGAACAACUCCGGUACAUCCGUUAUUGUCUUGGCACAAACCGACGUUGAUAGAUCUGGCAAGAGUUAUUACGGCGAGACCACUCUGUAUCUUUUGAGUGCAACCGGGGCAUUCGACUCCAGAAUCGAUCUUGACAGAGAAGGUCCCAUUCACGAUGUGACGUGGUCACCAAACUCCAAGGAGUUUGGAGUUGUCUAUGGAUUCAUGCCGGCCAAGACUACUAUUUUUAACUUCCGCGGUAUUGCUACCCACAGCUAUCCAUUGGCGCCACGAAACACGAUUGUGUUUUCGCCGCAUGGUCGGUUUGUUGUCGUCGCUGGGUUUGGUAACUUGGCAGGCCAGAUGGAUAUCUAUGACCUGGAAAAGGGUCAUCAGAAAAUCACCACGAUCGAAGGUUCCAAUGCAACUGUAUGCGAAUGGUCGCCUGAUGGAAAACAUAUUCUCACGGCCACUACUAGCCCGCGACUGAGAGUCGACAACGGAGUACGAAUCUGGCAUGUCACCGGUGCUCUCCAAUACAACGAAGACAUGAGCGAAUUGUACCAAGUCUGUUGGCGCCCACAAGGUUCCGUCGAGCAACCCCUCGGUGACCCAUUCCACCCCCUCCCAACCCCUCACUCAUCCGCAUUGGAAUACCUUGCCAAGAGAAAAGUCCCCUCCAAACCCGUGGGCGCAUACCGCCCACCAGGCGCCCGCGGACAAACAACCUCCUUAGCAUUCAAACGUGAAGACGAAGGCGGCGCAGCCUUCAGUCGAGAAGGAGGCUCCUCAUUAUCCAGCGGAGCGGCGGCAUCAUCAGUUAACGGAUUCGGCAAGCCCAGAAGACGUGAAGUCCCCGGCGCAGAACCAGUGGAGUUUGUGCCUCAGGGCGCUGCACCAGGCGGUGGAGUCGCUCUACCCCCUGGCGCUGAAGCAGUUGUUGCCACUGGAGCAGCGGAUGAGAAAUUAUCCAAAUCAGCUGCAAAGAAUAAGAAGAAGCGAGAAGCUAAGAAGGCUAAGGAAACGGCUGACAAAGAAGGAGAACUGUCUGCUGCACCUCAGAAUCAGAAUCUCCAUCCAAGCCCGGAUCGUCGCGAACAUAGAUCGAAAAGUCGUAAUCGCAGCCGCGCUGAGAGUAACGUCAACGGAUCCGCCAAGGCUGCCAAAAUAGCUGCCACAGCCGCAGCCGCAGCUCCGGCAGCUCCGACAGCAGCAGAACCAAACCCAACGCAAGACAAACGGAUCCGCGGCCUCUUGAAAAAACUCCGCGCAAUCGACGAGUUGAAAAUGAGACUCGCGUCCGGCGAGAAGCUGGAGGAUACGCAGAUGAAGAAGAUUCAGACUGAGGAUUCGGUUAGGAAGGAGUUGGAGGGGUUGGGGUAUAAUGUAUAACCUGCUGGCAACCAUACUAUUGGGUAGUUAGAGGGGGAAGUAGGAGGAGAAGAAGCGGGGAGGGUAUAUG